AUGACAAUCCGCCCUAUGAAGUUUACUCCCGAGGUCCUCCUCGGCGCCCCCAGGCGGUCCUCAGCCGUCCCCAACGCCGCAGGCACCCUCGCUGUCUACACCCAAACAUCCUACUCAUUCGACUCGCAUUCUAAGACCAACGAGAUCCGUGUUAUUGACAUUGACUCUGGCCGAUCGGCUCUUAUCACCAAUGAUCCCAGUGCCAGCAACCCCCAGUGGCUGGGCGAUAGCGACCAGCUCGUCUGGCUGAAGAUCAAGCCCAACGGCAACACGAGCUUCAUUGUCGGCAAUGCGCGCGAGGUUGAUAGAACAUACACCGCUGGUACCGUCCCCGGCCCAGUGUCGGAUUUGAAGGUCACUGUCAUCGAACCGGGCAAGAUUGGCUUUGCUGUGUCAGGCAAGGCCAAUACAGACGGUUCCCUGUUCAACCCACACGACGCGAAAAAAUCACACACCACCGGUCGACUGUACACUUCGUUGUUUGUGCGGCAUUGGGAUGCGUACAUUGACCCGCAGAAGUAUGCCAUCUUUUAUGGUUUGCUUGAGCAGGCGCCCCUGUCGCCGGCGCGCAGACAGGCGGGCAAGUACUCGGUUUCGGGACUUACGAAUUUGAUUUCUGUGUCUGGGCUGGGACCGGUUGAAUCGCCAAUUCCCCCUUUCGGUGGUACUGGUGACUUUGAUAUCAGUCCUUCGGCUAUCGUAUUUAUUGCGAAGGACCCGAAUCUAAACCCCGCCACGCACACUGCCUGCGCUUGCUACUAUGCUCCGAUGUUCUCGUGGACCAGUAUGAGCGUCUCAGAUGCCAAGCCCUGCAAGGUAACGAGCCUCCAGGGUGCAAUGGCCUCACCUGUGCUGUCCCCAGAUGGUGGCUCUAUUGCUCUACUGGCUAUGCAGAAGGACGGAUAUGAGUCGGACAAGAAUCGAAUUCUCUAUGCUCCAAACCCGUGGAAUGGCGAGAUGUUUGAGGUAUUCGAGACCGCUGAUGGAAAGGGUGAUUGGGAGCUUAGCCCUUCAGCCGUGUCCUUUGCUCAGGACGGCAAGUCCUUGCUCAUCCAGGUUGAGGAAACCGGCCGUGGAGUCUUGUACCAGUUGCCUCUGGACGGAGUUCGAAAGGCUACUCCUGAUUCACUGAAGAAGCUGACAUGGGAGGGCACUGUGAAUGAUGUCGUUCCUGCUGGGGCCAAGACAUCCAAACUAUUUGUUUCUAGCUCUAGCUUAGUGGAUAACAGUGUGUGGUCUAUCAUUGACCCGGCUCACCCAGACCAAGUCCGGGUCGUCUCGUCGAACUGCCGCGGAGGCUCUGCCUUUGGUUUAUCAUCAGCACAGGUGGACGAGAUCUGGUUCAAGGGAGCCGAGGGCCAUAAGGUGCAUGCCUGGGUGGUGAAGCCUUCCCAUUUCAAGCCCGGGGAGCGAUAUCCCCUGGCCUAUCUGAUCCACGGCGGGCCUCAGGGUGCUUGGAAUGAUUCGUGGAGCACUCGAUGGAACCCUGCCGUAUUCGCCGAACAAGGCUAUGUCGUUGUCACUCCCAAUCCGACCGGCAGUACUGGCUAUGGCCAGGACUUUACAGACGGCAUCUGCGGUGAAUGGGGUGGCCGGCCAUACGAGGACCUUGUCAAGGGCUUUGAGUACAUUGAGCAAAACCUCCACUACAUCGACACCACCCGAGCUGUGGCGCUAGGUGCAUCCUAUGGCGGCUACAUGAUGAACUGGAUCCAGGGGCAUCCACUCGGCCGCAAGUUCAAGGCGCUGGUCACUCACGACGGUGUAUUCAGCAUGACCUCGCAGCUAGCAAGUGAGGAGCAGUACUUCCCACUGCACGACCUGAAGGGCCCUAUCUGGAAAGUCCCCGAGAACUGGGCGAAGUGGGAUCCCUCACGGUUCACCGAGAAUUGGGCGACACCUCAUCUCAUCAUCCACAAUGAGCUGGACUACCGCCUCACUAUCGCAGAAGGCCUCGCCGCGUUUAACGUGCUGCAGAUGCGAGGUGUAGACAGUGCCUUCCUGACAUUCCCUGAUGAAAAUCACUGGGUGCUCAACCCGGAGAACUCUUUGUUGUGGCACCGUACCGUUUUGAACUGGAUCAACAAGUAUGCCGGACUUCCGCCGGUCUCAGAUGAACCCGAUCUUUCUUCAGGUGUUGCCAACUUGUCUCUCUAG